GGGAGCGGGAGAGAGAGGGAGGGAGAGCCGAGCAGUGGGUGAGUGGGUGGUGGUCUCACUCACUCACACCGCAGUUCACAUUCGCAACGCGCGCACGUGGCUACAUGAGUGCGUGAGGCUGAACCUUUGAGUGCGUGAGUGUCUGGUGAUCUUGUGACUUCUGAACGCCUCGACCAGGGAAUGCCAUAGACAGACGCCCCUCUAACAGUCCCCAUUACAAGUGUCACGAUGGAAAGUGUGUUGGCACUAGUGUGUAUGUUCUGCACGGUGGCACUGAGCAGCAGGGCGGUUGAGGGCGUCACAUUGCCUCACGCCCACCGCCACAAGCGCCUCCAGCACCUUCAGGAGGCUGUUGACCGCCUUGUUAUACGCCAGAGAACUGACCAUAUCUUGAUAAACAACCUGCAGAAGGCGGUAUUGGAGGCGCAGGAGGGGGGCGUGUGGCCAGAAAGGGCAGGGAGAGCGGAAGGGGAGAGGCGCGCCCUGAGUGAGCUGAAGGACGCCGUGAACGAGGUGCGGGGGAGUGUUAACCUGGUGUUGGAGGAGCAGCACCACGCUGACGAAAUCCUGGAGCUUCGUCAGGAGUUGGCCGCGCUCAGGUCCGAAGUUAAGCAUCUGAAAGAGUCGAGAGAGGCGGAGAGCAGAAAGAACUUAGCGCACAGCCAAACACAGCAGCAACGGGAGGCGGUGACGGCAGCCUGGGUGGUGGACAAUGUUAGGCGGCUGCAGGACGCCGUGGUGGACCUGCAGCAGGCCUUCAACGUGACGACAGCCAUGCAUGACAAGCAGGAGGUCGAGUCUCGCCUGCUGGUAGUGAGCAGGGACUUGGGGGCACUGAGAGGGUCCCUGGCAGCUGUCACGUCCAAGGCGGAGGCGGCGGCAGCAACAGUGACAGCCUUGCAGGAGGAGAUCACUUCGCUCACGCAAGACUCGCAUCGCUCCGCUGGGAAGGUCGCGACGCUGGAGAUGGAGGUUUCCAGCAUUCACGAAGACUUCAGUGACCUUCUUGUGUCCCUCCCAGAAGGCUUAGUGUCUGGAGGCCACACACAGCACUCUGCUAAGCCAACCCAGGUUCACAGUGGCAAGGCAACGAUGGGAACAGAGGAGAAGGUGAAGGGGCAACGACUAGAGCCACGGGUGGAGGCAGUGGAGACAGGCUUGGGGGAGGUGCAGGCAUCCUCCAUGCAGCUCCUGGCCAUGCUGGAAGCCCUGGAGGCCCGUGUGGAGAAGGACGUGGGUGAGGUGCGGCAGGAGGUGGCAAAGCUGGAGUACAAGAUGACUGCUGCACAGGACGACAGCAAGACUUAGCAAAGCUGUGGAAGUUAGCAGUUUUCAUGUACCAAAGUCAUCAUCAUUGUCAUUUUGUUUGUCCCCUAUGUUCCCUUAUGCAUUUAAAUGGUUUAUAAGACUCUCCAAUUUUUUGCAGUGAUAGACGAUCUCUUACCAGCUAUUUAUUUUUCCCUUGUCUUCCUCUACACACCUCCUGUGACAGACAACCUCUUCCUUGAUGUUCAUCCUUCUCAUGUCUUCCUUUGCACACCAUCUCCAAUUUUGUUUAGUCAUCCGCAGGUCCAUGUGAAGGCCAGGGGGCUGCCACAUGUAGGCCUAAUGGCUUCUUGCAGUUUUCCGUAUUUUCUUGUUCUUAACUACCAAAUUCAGACCUACAGUUUUUGUGUAAGUGUGUGGGGCACUGGCACCACACUUUCCAUAGCAGAGUGGUCCUGGCACAGUGCUGUGAUGCCAGAACAAGCCAAGCCACUCCUGCCAGCACCUCCAGGGAUCAAGUCUUAGGCCUGUAUUCUGAAACACUCUACUCUCUCACCAUGACUAUUUUCAAAGGCCACAGAGAUGAUUAGCUGGGUUCUUAUGACUGUUUCUAUUGUUAGUAACAUAAAAAUCUUGUCAAUCAGUCACUACAGCUGUAAAAACAUCAUUGAAAACUUGUGUCACUUCAGUUAAAGCCUUUUGAAAGUAUUGGAGGAGCGGGCAGAAGUGUUUCAGCAUGUGGUCCUUGGUGGCUUAGCAUGAGGUGGAGGAGGUUAGACUAUAGCCAAUGUCUUGUGCCAACAGUACCAUAUCCAUACAUUCCAGCCUUUUUAUUAGCGCCUGGCUGUCCUUCACAUUCCAGCCUGUACUACUGACAAAACUCUAACCCGGUAGAAGCCUGAGUGCAAAAUUAUGUGUGUCAGAUUUUCUUUAUUUGAAAAUUAACUCUUGCCUGUACUGUAAAAAUAGUUCAGUUUUCAUUUUUUUUUUUUUUACGCAUUUCUUAUAUGAGUAUAGUUUUUGUCAUUAGUAUAUCCAGGCUAUCUAUUCAUCUGACACCUUCCUCAUCAUUGCACAGGUGAAGAGUGUGAGGGUGACAGUGGGAUGAUGCCUUGCAGGGUGCCUGUCUAUUGUGCCUCUAUCUGUACAUUGAUGCCUAAGAGAACAUUUUGGUCACAUCCUAGUCAGAGGAGAAGAGAUAAACUAUACCUGUGUGUGUGUGUGUGUGUGUGUGUGUGUGUGUGUGUGUGUGUGUGUGUGUGUGUGUAUGUGUGUGUGUGUGUGUGUGUGUGUGUGUGUGUGUGUGUGU